AUGGCUUGCACCUUCGGCGGCUGGCUCGAGUUUGUCUGGGCGCGCUGGGACGAGCCGUACGAGAGCAUCUCGCCGCUGGUGCGCGGGUCGCCCAUCACGCUCUAUCAAGUUGUCGACUCAGGCACGCGCAGUCCCUCGUACGUGACGCCGGACGCAAUGCGCAAUAUGACCUGCGGCGAGUGCUGCCGCCGCCGCUUCAUGCCCAACCGUGGACGCGAGGCGCCGUCGUACUUGCGAUAUAUUGCCGAGCGCUACGACACGCUGCCGCAGUGGGUCAUCUUCCUCCAAGGCAAGCCGCACGGCGACCCUUCCCUGCUGAACCGCGUGUCGGAUUGCCUGUGGCGCGAGGAGCCUCGAGAAUGGACUGUGGACGCCGCCGCCGACUUCCUGCCGAUCGUGCCGACCAUCUACGUCACAGACCGUUCCCUGCACUACGAAGACUGGCAGCCGGGAUACACGGAGCUCUGGAACCAGUGGGGCACCGGCUUCCCGUUUGAGGAGACGCCGCACCUGCCGAGGUCGCCAAAGGGCAUCAGGACCGUGUCGUUCGAUUGUUGCGCGCAGUUCCUCGCGUCGCGCCGCGCACUGCGCAGGAACCCACGGCAGCUGUACGAGGUGGGCAGCGAGGUGGCCCUCACCUUUGACGGCGCCAGCGCAGAGAAGGCGACUCAGCUCGACAAGCGGGCCAACUUUGGCCUCAACUGGGCGGGCUCCGCCUUUGAGCACAUCUGGCACGCCCGCCUGCUCAACGCCAACAACAUCUCCGACGCGCUCAAAAGCAUCGGCCUGCACGUGGUGCGCGCUCCCACCCGGGACUCGCUCAAACGCGCAGAGACGGACCCACGCAGUGGCAAGAUCACCUUCGUCCCUACUCUCGGUAAUGGGUCGAACUGGUUCGCCAACUUUGAGACCACGGCGAUAGCGUCCUGGCCCGACUUCCUCAUCAUCGGCGGGCGGUACCACCGCUACAAGGUGCUGGGGGAGGCGGGACAGAAGAUCUGCCACCGCUGCAAGGGCUACCUCGCGCCACCAGCAGGCCUCGCCUCAGACAAAGAGGCCCGUCUCUGCCUGGCAGGAGGAGGCGGCCGCUGCAAGCCGCAGCGCAACCCCAGCUCUCGCCCACCCAAAAAGGCGAAGGUGAUCCCGUCCGCUCUGGCCCUUGGAGCAGGGGACUGCCCCUACCACCUCGCGGGCCGAUGCCCCAACGCCUCGCUGGACGCCCCCCGAUGCGCCCGCGUCCACAGCAUGCCGUACCCGAACUGCGCCUUCGGGCCGGCGACGGAAGCGCUGCUCGAGCUCGACCCAGGCGCCAAAUGCGCGAACGGCUCUGGCUGCCUCUACGUGCACGACGGCUCGGGAGUGGCGCCUGCGUCGCCUCCGAAGAGCAACCUCGCCCAGCGCAUGGCUGCGGCGCGCGCGGCACGCGCCGAGCGCGCGGCUCGAGGCGUACCAUCGUCGGACCUCGAGGCGCCAUCGACUCCGGUCCCGAGCAAGGGCCCUGCUUCAGCAGCAAAGCGGGCCGCCGCCGGCACGCCCGGCUCAGCAGAGGCCGCCAAAAGCAAAUGGCACCGCCACGAUGGCGCAAGCGACGAGGAAUGA